CUAUUUUGGAUGGCAGUCGAUCAUUUAGACCAACACGUUUGUAAUAUAGGCCUUAAGUGGAUUUGUAUAACAGCAUUAUUGUGGUUAGUAAGUUUGCUAAUAAGUUAGCAAAGAUUUAUGUUUGCGGCUGGUAACCUAAUGUUACUCCUAGUCGGUUAACUGAACCAGUAACACCGAGUGUCUAAUUGUCUUUACGUUUGCUGUAGUUCAUACAAAUAUGGCGCGACAGUAACUAAAUAUAUCACUUACAACACGGUAAUGUUAGCCUGAGCGAAUUAGCUGACACAGCAGCUGUCAUCCAAGGUGUGACAAGGCAUGAACUGCACCUUAGAGAAGGUCUUGGCAGAUGCCAAAUCAUUAGUGGAAAGGCUUCGUAACCAUGACAACGCCGCUGAGAUGUUAAUAGAACAGACAACAUCCCUCAACAAGCGAGUGGAUGCGAUGAAACAGUACCAGGAGGAGAUCGAUGGACUGAACCAGGUUGCACGACAUCGGCCUCGUUCCAGUCUGGUGCUUGGAAUCCAGCAGGAAAACCGUCAGAUCAGAGAGCUCCAGCAAGAAAACAAAGAGCUACGAACAUCGCUGGAGGAACACCAGUCUGCGUUAGAGCUCAUCAUGACCAAAUACAGGGAGCAGGUGUUCAGGCUCCUCAUGGCCAGCAAGAGGGACGACCCCGCCAUCGUGACCCAGCUGAAGGAGCAGCACACCACGGAAAUGCAGGCACACAUAGACAAAAUAAAUGAGAUGGCCUCUGUGAUGAGGAAGGCGAUAGAGGUGGACGAGGGGCGGAUAUGUGAAGACGAGGAGAGGAUUAAACAGCUAGAGCUGGAGAACAGUGGACUUCGAGAGCUGCUGGGAAUCAGUCGCGAGGCAUUCCUCGUUCUUAAGAGAGAAGAUGCAUCAGAGAGCACGUCCCUGUCGCCGUUGCUGACCAGUGCUGACGUCAGCUUACGAAAAAGUUAGAGCCCAGGUCACUGCCCGACCCCUUCCCCCCUCAACUGCUGCCACUACUGUGUACAGUAUGUAUAGUCUGUUGCCACAUACCACUUCACCUUUCACCCUAAAGACUCUUCCAGUGGUCCCCCACCUCCUCCAGGUGCUUUUACAGCAUGAUGCUACAGAGUUGCAUCCCCGUCUGGUGAUUCAGACACAAGCAGUGUGUACCCAUCUUUCUUAUGUUUUUUUUCUUUUUUUGGUGGUACUUCUGUUAUGUUGUGUAUUUGCCAGCAUGCAUGAACCUGUGGUGCCUGCAAGGUUUUAAAGAGUGAAUGAGUAAAAGAAGGGCUUGAGUUAAUAAAUCUGCAAA